AUGAACGGACGAAACAAGACCUCGCAAAGUAGAGAAGAUCUACCGAAGGAACAAAUUAAUAUCCUCAAGAAAGCUUUCGAGGCUUUUGAUCAUGAAAAGAAAGGAUGUAUUGGCACCGUGAUGGUGGGGACUAUUCUUACAAUGUUAGGACAUCAGAUCACGGACGAUUAUCUCCAAGAAAUUAUAAAAGAAGUUGAUGUUGAUGGAUCUGGUGAACUUGAAUUUGAAGAGUUCGUAACAUUAGCUUCAAGGUUUAUGGUUGAAGAAGAUGCUGAGGCAAUGCAGCAAGAACUCAAAGAGGCAUUCCGUUUAUAUGAUAAAGAAGGUAACGGUUACAUCACAACACAAGUAUUGAGAGAAAUUCUGAGAGAACUCGACGACAAAAUCAGUGCUGAGGAAUUGGAUAUGAUGAUUGAGGAAAUUGACUCCGACGGUUCUGGAACCGUGGAUUUUGAUGGUAAGGUUAAAUUUAUUACACAUUCUAACUAUAAUUAG